GCGCACACACACACACCGUCCAUUCUCUUAGGGCUUUAUGUGUUAAUGCCGUAGAUCAGCCGUUCAUUAAUGAGUUCAGAGACGUCUUCCGUCAAACGGAAAUUCGGUAGAAUGAGACGAUGGAUUUUAGGUGAAUAGUACCGCUGUGUGCAAUGCAGUCUGGGGCUUAUACACCACUGAGGGACCCAGACCGCCGCAGAUUUCAGAUCAUGAGCUCUGACCAUGCAAUCUAAUGAAUUCCAUGUGCUCUCUAUUCAAGUCAUGGACUGCAGCAAGCGCAAGAGCGAUUAGAACACAUUGGCUUCCUGUGGAUAUGGAUUAAAACGGAAUAUUGAUAUUCUACAUCACAAGGAUCUCUCAAAUCCUCCCAGCAAUGUCUUUUUUUACUAUAGUUACGCUUAUGCAGGCUAAUGUAGGUAGCCUACCGGACUCCAUCAAUUACCAGCUUCUGGUGGAUGUUUAGCUUCAUAGCUGAACAUAGGCUACAUUCCGCGCGCUCAUAUGCCAUUGGUUUGGAGACUGGGCUCUGCGUUAUUUCCCUGGGAAUCAAGUUGAUGGAUUGGCUAUCCAUGCGUUCGGUGGUUGUUUGAAGAAUCUGGACCAGAACCUCGAAAUAAGAAUCCCGAUUCCAUUUGAGACAUACAUCCUAUGUAUUUAUAGACCUCAAAGGCAUCGAAAGACUUUUUCCUUUUUUUCUCUUCUUUUUUACAGGCUUGCCAAAUAUUCUGUCAGUUUGACACCGAAAUCUAUCAUCUUUGUAAAAUCGCUUGAACCUCAAUGGUAAAAGACACCACCUCUGCAGAGACCCUUUUCGAUGAAUCUGGUAAGCGGUUUAAAUCCUCCAGUAUAUAGGCAAAAAGAAGAGCUGCGCCAAAAAGGGAUGAUAAUCAAUCGAAAUGUGGAUGGACUAUUUCAAUUUUGGUUCAUGGCAUUAAGUGUGUGAUCUCAAACUAUUUUAUAGGGAAAUCCUCCCGUGAAAUCCUAUAUAGGGCACCACGUUCAGUCCCAGAGGAAAGGGGUAGCUAUGUGAAAGAAAUAGCCCCAGACUUAUCCCCCUCUCAGAAACUCAGCAGGAUUCCCUCCCAUUGGAAUACUAAGUCAAAGGCUACCGGCACCCCGCGGGUUUUCUCCACCGUGGUUACAGAAAUGGUGGUUUCAUCCCAAAUGAAUCCAACUAUUUUUUAUAAUUUUUCAUUGUUUUAUUAUGUUCGAGGUUCAUUUUCUUGUUUUUUUUACCCUGCUGCCGCCUGUGUAGCUUAAAUGUACGGUUGCCUCGAAUGCUUUCACAUGGGUGAAAAUUGUGCAUCGGUCUUACAGCAAGUAAAAACGGAUACCUCAGCCCUGGUGUUUUCUCUUUUCGCUUCGUUUUGAGCUCAGUCCCAAAUCUUCGAGAAAAUGCAGAAGACCACCAGGCAGUGAACUAUGAAUGCUGAAUACAAUGAUCUCCUCCCUCCAGCGCCAGACAAUGAGAGGUCCUAGGCUGAGGGGGGCACUGUCCUACCCCCUAUUUGUGUUCCUCUUGGCCCUCCAGAUCCUGGCGGUGGCCGGCUUGGUACGUGCCCAGACCUGCCCUUCAGUCUGCUCCUGCAGCAACCAGUUCAGCAAGGUGAUCUGUACUCGGCGGAGCCUGCGCGAUGUCCCCGACGGCAUCUCCACUAACACGCGUUACCUGAACCUGCAGGAUAACCUCAUCCAGGUGAUCAAGGUGGACAGCUUCAAGCACCUGCGGCACCUGGAGAUUCUGCAGCUGAGCAAGAAUCACAUACGCAACAUCGAGAUCGGCGCCUUCAACGGCCUGGCCAGUCUCAACACCCUGGAGCUUUUUGACAACCGCCUCACCACCAUCCCCAAUGGGGCGUUCGAGUAUCUCUCCAAGCUCAAAGAGCUGUGGCUGAGGAACAACCCCAUUGAAAGCAUUCCAUCGUACGCCUUCAACCGGGUUCCCUCACUGCGCAGGCUGGACCUGGGCGAGCUCAAGCGGCUCUCCUACAUCUCCGACGGGGCCUUCCAGGACCUGAGCAACCUGCGCUACCUGAACCUGGGUAUGUGCAAUCUUAAAGAGAUCCCCAACAUCCUGCCGCUGAUCAGGCUGGAGGAACUGGAAAUGUCGGGGAACCAGCUCACGGUCAUCGGGCCCGGCUCCUUUGCUGGCCUGGGAAACUUGCAGAAGCUCUGGAUGAUGCACGCCCAGAUCCAGACCAUUGAGAGGAACACCUUCGAUGACCUGCAGUCGCUGGUGGAACUCAACCUGGCCCACAACAACCUUACCCUGCUGCCCCACGACCUCUUCACGCCGCUGCACCGCCUGGAGAGGGUCCACCUCCACCACAACCCUUGGAACUGCAACUGCGACAUCCUGUGGCUCAGCUGGUGGCUGAAGGAGACGGUGCCCGCCAACACCAGCUGCUGUGCCCGCUGCCACACACCGGCCGGCUACAAAGGCCGCUACAUCGGGGAGCUGGAGCACAGCUACUUCCAGUGCGACGUGCCCGUCAUUGUGGAGCCGCCAGCAGACCUCAACGUCACCGAAGGCAUGGCGGCGGAGCUCAGGUGCCGGACGAGCUCGUUGACAUCGGUCAGCUGGCUCACCCCCAACGGGUCUCUGGUGACCCACGGCGCGUACAAGGUGCGUCUGGCCGUUCGCAAUGAUGGGACACUGAACUUCACCACCGUCACAUUGCAGGACACCGGAACAUAUACCUGCGUGGUGAGCAACACGGCUGGCAACAUCUCUGCCUCCGCCACGCUCAACGUCACCUCUGUGGAGAACAGUGGCGUGACCUACUUCACCACAGUCACCGUGGAGACCAUAGAGACAGUAGAUGACAGCCAGACGCCUGCUCUUCCACCGAUUGGCUGGGUAUCAUCUUCCACCACCAGGGGGCCCCCUGUCCAGACCCGGACCACAGAGCGGACCUACACUGUCCCUGUCCUUGACCUGGAUGGGGAGGGGGACCGUGGCCUUGAGGAGGUGAUGAAGACCACCAAGAUCAUUAUCGGAUGCUUCGUGGCCAUCACACUCAUGGCCGCCAUCUUGCUGGUCAUCUUCUACAAGAUGAGGAAGCAGAACAACCAGCAGGACCCGGACGGCCCCGCCUCCUCCAUGGAGGUCAUUACAGUGGAGGAGGAGUUAGCUGGGGUCGCUGCCAUGGAGGCCCACCUACAUCUGCCCCCACUGGAGCAUUACAACCACUACAACACUUACAAGAACGCUUACCAUCACCCUCCCAUGCUCAGCGCCCUACACCACUCCCAUACGCAAGAACCUUUACUGAUUCAAGCCAGCUCGAAAGACAAUGUGCAAGAGACCCAAAUUUGAUUCAGAUUCAUUAGGCUCGAAGAGGAAUCCGAUACAGAGAGUAUCAUGAACAGAAUGGUAUUGAUUAGUGUAGGAAUGAAUUGACAUAGACUUUACUGAUGUUAGAAAACGGGGAUGUCUGCUAUUUCAAAAAGUGUCUUUACGAAGCAAAGAUUAUUUAUUAAAAAAAAUAUAUGUCUAGUGGCUAAAUCAAGAAAAAAAAACUGUACUAGCUUUUUAGCUCCUUUUUAUGUUUUCCGUUAUAUGUUAUGUUAGGGGAAAGAAUGGCUCACUGCAAAUCUACAAAAAAUAAAAAACGAAUUACCCUUUCCAAAUUUAAGUGCACCGACAGAAUUUAAGGUUUAUUUCAGCGGAGAACAAUAAUGCCUCGUUUGAGAACAUGACUUUGUUGAAUAGUAGUUGUACUAUUCCUCGGUGUAUCUGUAGUCCUGUGGAUAUAGCAGUAGCACUAACUCAGCAAAAUUAAAGGGAAGGUUCACCGUCUCCUUACUCAGUACACCAACAUUAUUAGUAGUAAUGUAUUUUGUAUCCAGGUUUGAAUCAUGUUAUUCACACCAACAACAUCCAAAUCCUAAUGGGUUUAUGGGGAGAGGGCAAACAAGAAUAACUGACAAAAACAGCAUGCCUACUGCACAUUUGUCCCUACUGAAACUAUGACGCUAACAAGACAAAAUGCUAUGAAACUAUUCGCUGUUUGAAAUUACUUGCAAUUCAUGUCCACAAGAUGAGAAUUCCAUGUGAGAGUAACAAACAUUUAAUUUGACAUAAAAUUCCCUUUGAUGUUUUUAUUUUUUUUGGAUGCAUGGAAAAUAUCUCAUGCAAUCCUCUCACUGGCAGAAUUGACAUAAUUCAGAUGUUUUGUGUUAUCGAGCUGAUCGACAUGGCUCUCGCUGGCACAACCCCCCCGCCCCCUCCCCUCAGCAGCAUCUUCAGUCCCUCGUCAAUAUUUUCAACUGAUGCCAGGAUAGCCUGCUUCAAUUGGAACUAACCUCAACAGCAAACCAUCAUGUUUGCGCUCUCUUAUGUUCAUGUAAGCAAUUUUUGCUUUGAUCACUUCCAAAGCUCAGUUUUUUUCAUGUGCACUGAUGUUGGUUCAUCUGUGUUGCCGGUAUCACACUGUAUGGGAGUACAGCAAUUGUACUGGCAUUUCUGGAAAGCAAUUCUCAGCUAUUCAGGGAAACCCCAGUCAUCUAAUUCCGUGGGUUAUUAUGAUAGGGAGAACAUCUGAGCUGUACAUUGUUUUACCUUUUCUUUGAGUUCUUUGAGGCUAUUUACUAGUACUAUUACCAUGACUACUGCUACUACUGCCAAAAUCAAAUAUUAAUAAUAAUAAUAAUUAAAUCUCUGGUUUCAUCAAGUGUUAUUCUGCUACUAAAUAUGUUUUGUUAUUGUAAUUCAUAUGAAACCUAAAUUUAGUUAUAGAUAUCCUCUUUUGAAAGUACUAUAAGAAUGUAACUAAGCAUCUGAAUAUCAAAGAUGUUCCUAUAUAAAUCUCAUAGUCAGGUCUUCCUCUGGCAUUUUACAGCUUAUUCAAAGGCACCUCUGAACACCUCUGAAAUCAAAGAUAGACCCCUACCAGAGAUAUGUUGCUAUAGAUUGGUAUAAUGUAAAUAAAAAAUAUAAAUAUACAAAUAUAUAUAUAUAUAAAAUCCCUGAGUCUAGAGUUCUAGUUGACUGAUAAUAUCUGCAAUAAAGGACGCAAUGACUAAAGCACAGAAAAAAUGCUAAAUGCUAAAUAACCUCUACAUUUUAAUUAUUCACAAUGGGUUUGGUUUCUGUGAUAAUAUAAAUAGCAUUUACUAAAAUUCAUUUUCAUAAAUUGUAGAAAAUGACAAGUAAUGACUCAGCAAAAUGUGACAACAGAUAUUCUCUUUAAUUAAAUCAAUAUAUAGAUAUAUAGACAGAUAGAUAAAUAUGUUGGGGAUCAACUGAAAGCACAGAAGAUGUUGGGUGAACUUCCUUUAUCAGAUUAAGUGGGAGUAUUCUCAUAUUAUAUCAUACUCUGCCUGUCACUCAAAUUAGAUGAAACAGGCUACAGAUGUUGUCAUGACUUGGCUGUUAAUGAAAUGAGCAAUGAGGCCAACAUGCCUCGGGAACCAGGCGGUCAAAUGACUGAACUUGCAUUUCCCCAGUGGCUCCUAAACAACAGGUACGCAUCCUUCACUUUAAUUAAGAUGAAGGUCUCUUAUCCUCCCUCCCCCUCUCACGCUCCCUCUCUCCC